AUUCUGAGUGCUGCCCCAGAGUUCGCAGCGCCCGGGUCCUGCGUCGCAGGUGGGCACCCUGGUGGCGGCGGCCCCCUGCCGAAGGCGCAGCCGGGGAGCACCGAGACCAUCGGGGGUUUGCGCGCGUGGUCCUCUUGCAGCGGGGCGCCGGCCCCGAGCUCGGCUCGGGUCCCUGGAGACGCGUGUCCGCCUCCUGCACCGGGGCGCCGGGUCGUGGGGUCCCUUCAGCCGCGCCUGUGGUUCUGGACUCGGUCCCAAGCCAGGGAAGGGGCGUCCCAGACCCGGGAGGGGACCCUCCGCGGAGGCACAGUGUCACUGUCAUAGUUACAGCACAUGUCUUGAGCCAUGAAGAGGUUUUUGUUAUUAUAUGCUACCCAGCGAGGACAAGCAAAGGCCAUAGCAGAAGAAAUAAGCGAGCAGGCUGUGGCACAAGGGUUUUCUGCAGAUCUCCACUGCAUUAGUGAGUCGGCUGAGUAUGAUCUAAAAACGGAAAGAGCUCCUCUCGUCCUCGUGGUUUCUACCACAGGCACUGGAGACCCACCUGACACGGCCCGAAAGUUUGUUAAAGAAAUACAGGACAAGACACUGCCUGCUGAUUUCCUUGCUCAUCUGCGGUAUGGAUUAUUGGGUUUGGGUGAUUCCGAAUAUACAUACUUCUGUAAUGGAGGGAAAAUAAUUGAUAAACGACUUCAGGAGCUUGGAGCCCGGCAUUUCUAUGACACUGGACAUGCAGACGACUGUGUAGGUUUGGAACUUGUGGUUGAGCCAUGGAUUGCUGGACUCUGGGCUGCCCUCAGGAAGCAUUUUAGGUCAAGUGGAGGACAAGGGGAAGUGAGCGGAGCUCUCCCAAGGACAUCGAAGGCCUCCUUGAGCCCAGAUCCUGGGAAGCCAGCACUGCUGCACAUUGAGUCACAAGUCGAGCUUCUGAGACUAGCUGAUUCAGGAAGACAGCAUGCAGAGGUUUUGGAACAAAAUGAAACGAAUAGAGGUCAAACGAGUGCUUUGAUUGAAGACUUCGAGUCCUCACUGGUCCGCUCGAAACCCCCACUCUCACAAGCCUCUCUGAGUAUUCCUGCUUUACCCCCAGAGUAUUUACAAGUGCAUCUACAGGAGUCUUUGGACCAGGAGGAAAGCCCAGCGUCUGUGGCUUCAGCAGAGCCAGUUUUUCAAGUUCCAAUUUCAAAGGCAGUCCAGCUUACUACAGGUGACGCCGUGAAAACCACCCUGCUGCUGGAACUGGACAUUUCCAAAACCGACUUUUCCUAUCAGCCUGGAGAUGCCUUCAGUGUGAUCUGUCCGAACAGUGAGUCUGAGGUUCAGAACCUGCUCCACAGACUGCAGCUCACUGAUAAGCGAGAGCACUGUGUCCUCCUGAAAAUCAAGGCAGACACCAAGAAGAAAGGAGCUGCCUUGCCCCAGCAUAUUCCUGAGAGGUGUUCUCUCCAGUUCCUUCUCACCUGGUGUCUUGAAAUACGUGCUGUUCCUAAAAAGGCUUUUUUGCGGGCCCUUGUGGACUGUACCAGCGACAGUGCUGAGAAGCGGAGGCUGCAGGAGCUGUGCAGUAAGCAGGGAGCCCUGGACUACAGCCGCUUCGUGCGCGACGCUGGUGCCUGCUUGUUGGACCUCCUGCUGGCCUUCCCGUCCUGCCAGCCACCGCUCAGUCUCCUGCUCGAACAUCUUCCUAAACUCCAGCCCAGGCCGUAUUCAUGUGCAAGCUCAGGCCUGUUUCACCCGGGAAAGCUUCACUUUAUUUUUAACGUCGUGGAGUUCACCUCUGGCGCCACAGGUGUGGUUUUGCGGAGGGGCGUGUGCACAGGCUGGCUGGCCACACUGGUUGCCUCGAUUCUCCAGCCAAACACUCAGGCGUCACCUGCAGAUGGCAGAGAAGCCCUGGCUCCUAAGAUCUCCAUCUCUCCUCGGGCGACAAGCUCCUUCCACCUGCCGGCAGACCAAUCCACUCCCCUCGUCAUGGUGGGCCCCGGAACCGGCAUAGCCCCCUUCAUUGGAUUCCUGCAGCACAGAGAGAAACUACAAGAAAAACAUCCGGAGGGAAAUUUUGGAGCAACGUGGUUGUUUUUCGGCUGCAGACAUAAGGACAGGGACUAUUUAUUCAGAGAAGAGCUCAGGCGUUUCCUGAAGCGCGGGGUCCUGACUCAGCUGAAGGUCUCCUUCUCGAGAGAUGCUGCCCUGCAGGAGGAGGAAGCCCCCGUCAAGUACGUGCAGGACAGCCUCCAGCUUCACAGCCAGCAGGUGGCCAGGAUGCUGCUCCUCGAGCGGGGCUGCCUGUACGUGUGCGGGGAUGCUAAGAAUAUGGCCAAGGAUGUAAAUGAUGCCCUUGUGGAAAUAAUCAGCAGAGAGGCUGGAGUUGACAAACUAGAAGCAAUGAAAACUUUGGCAACUUUAAAAGAAGAAAAACGGUAUCUUCAGGACAUUUGGUCAUAAAAGUGGAGAUUAAAGGAAAACAAGCAUUUUUGGCUGAAAAUACUGAACAGCAAUUUUACCAAAGCCGAGAUCUUAAAUUUUAAAUUUUUAAUUUUUGAGACUGUUUCUUGGAGGAGGUGGGGUAGAGAGCGAUCACUUGGCAUAGGGAGGGAAGCUGAUGUGAUCUUAUGCAUCUCCCACCCACUCCCCUCCGGUGUCUGUGACCCUCACCAAAGUGCCCACAGCUGAGGAGUGACCCUGACCUGUUCACGGAUGUCUGCGCCGGGAGACCGUGCCCCUUCACGGGCUCCUCGACUGUGUGCGAGGGCUUCCAGGGGCUGCGUCUGCGCCGUCGGACUCAGUGCUUAGCGCCUGUGGACUUAUCUUGCCAAUGGUUUUUUAAAUAAUGGAAAAAUAAUUUAUCGCUUUUUAUGAAGUAUAAUCAUAAAGAAUAUUCAUAUAUAUUUAAAUUACACAUGUAGAGUAUGUCUGUUGCAUGUUUAUGUAACUAUCAAAUGGUUGCUUAUUAUCAAAACUAUUUCUGAUAAAAAUAUUUUAAGGUAAUCCCCUAUAAUGUUAUUUAUGGUGCUAGAAAUGUGAAAUAUAUUUUGAAAUUCUACUGUGAUCUCUGGUGUUUUCUAUCACAGUUAUUUUUAAUAUUACAGUUCCAGAUCCAGGAACUGCCAUUGCAGUUAAUUUCCAGAUGCCGGCAUGUGCCCGUUUUGAUAAAGUGACAGCCUUUUCUUUCUCCUCACCCACUCCUUUCCUUUCCGCUCCUCUUGGCAUGUGUCUUGGAGGAGGUAGUUCAGGGAGUGGAUCACUCAGCGAUGGCACCAGCAAGUUUUCCCACGAUUGGCUUCGCCUCCCCGAUGUCACUGAACUGUUGCCUAGGCUUAAAAUACUGACUUUGUUACUAGCCUUGUAUAAAUUCUCUCUUAAAAUUUACCAAAACAAUAAAAAAAAAGUACAGGGUAUAAUAAACUUUCCUCCUGGGCUGUAGUACUUACUUUUAUUUAAUAGCUUAGCAUUAUAACCAAAUCUCUGUCAAAGACCGCAGGUUAUUUUGAGAAAUAAAGAAUCUGGAAAACAAGUAGCAUAAAUUGUGACAUAUGCAAUGUAAAUUGCUAAUUAUAUUCUCUGAUUUUGUAUAUUUCACUUUCAUCAUUUAAUAUUUUAUAUGCAAUGUAAUAGAAACCAAUUUGAAAAACAAGGGGUUGGAAACAUACCAGGCGAAUACAAUGCUGUGCACAUAAUUAUAUGCACAGGUUGUACACGUAACCAAGAUGAGACUUGAGGCAAGACAUUAAAAGGGACAAAGGGCAGUGCUCCUUAGUAAUAGCUGCUGGAAAGUGCAACAGGCGGGAACUUGCAUCUGCCUGCCAGUGUCAAUGUAAAUCCAUGACCCAGAGCUGAUCCACAAGGAGGGCCUGACAGAUGGUCGGUCAGAGUUGCUUUUGAAGACCUACACGAGCCAGUUUCUUUGCAGAAUAUUCAGGUUAUUGUAGAUCCUGUUGGACAACAAAUUUAGGUGAUAUUGAUCAACUGUUCCUAUAGCCUUGCCAACUGAAAUGCAACUACACAUAAAGAUGUUUAUUGAACAAAGAUUCAUGAGGCAUCAGACAGUCCAACAACCCAUUGUAUAAGCUUGAUGAAACUUCAUCUGACUUGAGGUGAUCCCACCACAUUGAUUCAAGACCAGCUAUUCUGUGGACAGGAUUUGUUGCUCUUAUCACCAUGAGCCAUCCUCUAACCCAGGAGCUACUUCAGAGGUAGACCUCAGGCACCAGCCCCUGAGCCUUGCUAGAUAGUUUUUGAUUUGUUUAUGUAAGGGUGGGGAGUACUCUAAAUUAUCAUAUCCAAUUUCCAUCCCUUAGAUUUCACUGGUGUUAACAGGCCAUUUUCUAAUGCUUAUUCCAAAAGUCACUGUUGUAGCCAUUAUUUUCAACAUUAAUCAUGCUGAUCAGAGAUUAUAUGACCAGAGGAGCAUAUUGUGGUCAAUUCUGCAAUAUGGCUGUCCUGAUUCGUGUGCCGCCGUGGUAGAGGAUGCCCAUCUGUGGCACAGACCUGGAGUGUGUAUGAAAUGUACUAAAUCAUGAGAUAAUAAGAGAAUUUGGGUUUCGCCACAAGCAAACUAAAUACGCUGCAUCCAACAAACUGGGUGCCCAGGUUGUACGUUGAUUUCUUAAACACUUGAAACAUUUUAAAAACUGACCAUGGAUUGGGCCAUGAAGGCAGACUUAAAUUGCAUAAACUACGACAUUGUUUACUGACUUAGAUAAGUCAAGGCCACAAUGAAGAAUUUUAAAUACAUGCAAAGGAUUAAGGAUUUGGAGUAUUAAAUAUAUACAUGGAUGCAGGCAAAUCAAUACCCAGGGGGAUCUGUUGCACAAGUAUUUGAGCCUGUUCUGCCAGAUACUGCUCAGUGCUUGGGUACACCAUGCAUGCAGCAGAUGACAGCUGUUCUGGGGGCUUAAGUUCUUAGUUGAAGGAGAGAGGUGAAAUAAUGACAGGUGCAUAAGUCACAUGGUAUCUGAGGAGGUGGUAAAUGCUUU